UCUUCUGGGGGUGUCCCCCCACAGAUUCUCCUUCCUUGCCAUCACCGCUUAUCUUUCGAACACCCUUCACUGUCCUCAAUCAAUACGAGCACCCUCUCUUCGUUUCUUGUUUUUUUUUUAAUGGAAAUUCAGAAAUAAAGACAAAAAACUAGGAAAAAUACCAAACCUAUCCCUGCAAGCAGGCACUGGCUCUCACUGAUCGAUCUGCACAUAUUUCGCCUUCAAAUAUUACCUUUCGUUCCUCCUCCGCUAUCUCUCAGUCCUCGGCCAUCCAUAAAACAGAAGUCCAUUUAAGGUCAGCUUCUCUUCUCGUCAUUUUCUUUACUAUCACAAUCGAUUUUUUUUUUAUUUCUUUCCCCUUACAUUUUUUCUCUCAUUAUUUUUACUUGAUUUUCUUUUACAUUUACUUUAUGAUUCUUUGCUGCCUUUAAUCCCAUAUCUGUAACCAUCCAAUCAGCUCCAGGACUGUGAAGAUUAAAUUGGAUGGAGGGAGUUGGGGCUGAGGGUGCCUCGGUUGCAUCGCCUGUUGCACAAUGGGGACAUGAUGUUUGGAGGAUUUAUCAGUAUUAUCUUGAUAAGAGUACACCUCAUAUGGUCUACAGGUGGAUUGGCACUCUUGUUGCAGUGGCUAUCUACUGCUUGCGAGUUUGUUAUGUUCAAGGGUUUUACAUCAUUGCCUAUGGGCUUGGAAUAUACAUACUGAAUUUGCUAAUUGGGUUUUUGUCACCACUGGUUGAUCCGGAAAUUGAUCCUUCAGAUGGUCCUUCGCUGCCGACAAAGGGUUCUGAUGAAUUCAAGCCCUUCAUUCGCCGACUUCCUGAGUUUAAGUUCUGGUACUCCUUCACAAAGGCAUUCGUCAUCGCAUUUGUUAUGACCUUCUUUUCCAUGUUUGAUGUUCCUGUCUUUUGGCCUAUUUUGCUCUGUUACUGGAUUGUUCUUUUUGUCCUUACAAUGCGGCGCCAAAUUGCACAUAUGAUCAAAUACAAAUAUAUUCCAUUCAGUUUAGGAAAACAGAAGUAUGGUGGUAAGAAAUCUUCUGCAACUAGCAGUGGCUCCCGUGGGGACUAAAGCUUGGCUGGUUGAUAGGCAACUAGAAAAGGACCAGAUGGAAGGAAAUAUUUAGACUUGAAGAUUCAUGACAAUUGAUUUUUCCUUUUUAAGGGACAUGCCUUCAUGUUGUGAUGGACUUUAAUAUGCACUUACAAACCUAAAGUUCAAUUGUGCCUUGGCAUUUUAUGAUGGCAGAGUGCUGAUGUUGCAGAAGUGAAACUUUAUUGUUUAUAUACAAACGAAGAAGAUUCAUUUACGUUUCUGAGAAUGAAUAUUGUCUAUGUAAAGUGCUUGAUUCCGUUGUAUUAGUUCCCUCUAUGGUAGUCAUGAAAAGUGGCAUUGUAGCCAUUACUGUAUGCUUCUGUAGUACUGGAAGGUAUGGCAGACAGAUAAAAGUGGACGACUCUGUUUCAAGUUAACUUUAAAGUCGAAUGGUUUAUCUUA